UAUGCAAAUAGAUGGAGUUGAAUCCAGCAGAUGAGAGAAGCGGCGCAGCCCAGUCUGUGUCUGUGUGUGUGUGAGUGUGUUUGUGUGUGAGUGGGGAUUGUGCAGGGCCAGCGGCUCAGCCCUGACAGAGACAGAGUUCCUGGGGCAGGAUUUUGCCAGCUCCCGUCCCUGCUGCGCCGUUCCAGCGGCACUGAGUUUAUUUUGAGAGCCGGGACAUGUUGCAGGAUCCGGGCUCACAGCAUCGCGGGGAACUUUUUAAACACAGACGGUCUCCGGAGCAGCGGAAAGAUGCAGAGCCCGUGGAUGGGGAACGCUGGCAACUUUCUGCAGACUUUGACAACUUUGAUUGUCUUUGUACUGACGGAGGGAUUCACUGAGGUUCAGGGUAAGGGGCAGAGGCGGUUCAGCCUCCAAGAGCUGCGGGCCCUGCCUGAGCCAGAGUCGGAGCUGGAGCUGGUGCACCCGGUCAGAGUGGAUCCCCUGGGCCGCUUCCUGUCUCACCAGCUCUCUCAGCGCCUGAGGAAGCGGUCCCGCCGCCAACUGGAGCCUGAAUCUGAGCCUGAGGCUGUCCACUACCUCCUGUCCCUCCGGGGCCAGCUGCUCCACUUCAACCUCACCAUAAACCGGCCCCUGCUAGCCCCCGGAUUCCUGGCCGAGCGGCGCUAUGGGGGGGUGAAGGGAGCUGCCAUCAGCCGGGCCCAGACCAACCGCUGCCACUUUGUGGGCACAGUCCAAGCUGGCAGUAGCGGGAUGGCAGCUAUCAGCACCUGCCAGGGCCUGAAAGGUGUAUUCCAAUUGUCAGAUGAAGAUUACUUCAUCGAACCUUUGGAGGGAUAUUCCUGGGAUGAAGAUAGAGCACAGCCUCAUGUUGUUUACAAACGGCACGCUCCAGAAACAAAAGGAUUGGAGCCUCACUGGUUGGAUGAGUUGAUGGAAAGGCCAAAUAACAAGGGUCCUGAAGAAAAUAGAGUGUGCGGUGUGUCAGAUUCCAUGAAGAACCUGCAGUACUUGGAAAAGAAACGGGAAAAGUGGGAAAAAAAGAAACAGCGAAGGAGACGCAUCAAACAGCGCUCGAUCAGCAAGGAGAAAUGGGUGGAAACUCUGGUAGUGGCCGAUUCUAAAAUGGUGGAGCAGCACGGCAGUGAGAACAUUGAAGCGUACGUCCUCACCGUGAUGAACAUGGUCGCAGGGCUGUUCCGUGAUGCCAGUAUUGGGAACUCUGUGAACAUUGUUAUCGUUCGUCUUGUGCUGUUGGAGGAAGAUGAGGAGGACCUCAAGAUAACGCAUCACGCUGACAACACGCUGAUGAACUUCUGCAAAUGGCAGAAGAAAAUCAAUACAAAGGGAGACAAUCACCCCAUCCACCACGAUGUGGCGCUUCUGCUGACCCGGAAGGAUAUCUGUGCUGGAAUGAACCGUCCAUGUGAGACUCUGGGAUUGUCGCAUGUUUCCGGGAUGUGUCAGCCCCACAGGAGCUGCAGUAUCAGCGAGGAUUCGGGACUCCCGCUUGCGUUCACCAUUGCACAUGAGCUCGGGCAUAACUUUGGGAUACAACAUGAUGGGACUGGCAAUGACUGUGAGCCUAUUGGGAAAAGGCCUUUCAUCAUGUCUCCACAGCUCCUGUAUGAUACCAGCCCUUUAACCUGGUCUCGCUGCAGCAGGGAAUACAUCACCCGCUUUCUUGACCGUGGAUGGGGUCUGUGCCUGGAUGAUGUGCCGAGUAAGGAGGUGAUUGAUUUGCCCUCAGUGGCACCGGGAGUUUUGUACGACGUCAAUCAUCAGUGCCGGCUGCAGUACGGAGCCCGAUCAGUCUUCUGUGACAACAUGGAUAGUGUCUGUAAUACCCUAUGGUGUACCGUGGGAAACACCUGUCACUCCAAGCUGGACGCUGCUGUAGAUGGUACAAAAUGUGGAGAGAACAAGUGGUGCUUUGAUGGAGACUGCAUAUCCACAGACCAGCGCCCUGAGAGGACAAAUGGAAACUGGGGAGCCUGGGGUUCGUGGUCUUCCUGUAGUCGCACCUGCAGUGCAGGAAUACAAAGUGCUGAGCGACACUGUAACAAUCCAACGCCCAAGUAUGGAGGCUCGUACUGUCUGGGAGAGAGGAAGCGAUUCAGGGUCUGCAACAUCAAAGCUUGUAUCUCCGAGCUGCCGACCUUCCGUCAGAUACAGUGCAGCCAGUUUGAUUCGAUGCCUUACAAAGGGAAGCUGCACAAGUGGAUUCCUGUGCUCAGCCAAGUUAAUCCUUGUGAACUACACUGCCGUCCCAUAGAUGGUUACUUUUCAGAGAAAAUGUUGGAUGCCGUGAUUGAUGGGACACCUUGUUUUGAGGGAAACACCAGCAGGGAUAUGUGCAUCAACGGAAUCUGUAAGAAUGUAGGUUGCGAUUAUGAAAUCGACUCCAACGCGUUGGAAGAUCGUUGUGGAGUCUGCCAUGGAAAUGGAUCCACCUGUGAGACAGUAAAGAAGACAUUUGAUAAAACAGAAGGGCUGGGUUACGUGGACAUUGGGCUGAUUCCUGAAGGUGCCCGUGAGAUUCGAAUUGAGGAGGUCGCAGAAGCUGGGAACUUCCUGGCCUUGCGGAGUGAUGAUCCCGAGAAGUAUUUCUUAAAUGGUGGCUGGAUAAUUCAGUGGAAUGGGGACUACAAAGUGGCUGGGACAACGUUCACCUAUGAAAGGACUGGGAACCUGGAAAAUCUCACAUCACCUGGUCCUACCAAGGAGCCAGUGUGGAUUCAGCUGCUGUUUCAGGAGACAAACCCUGGGGUGCGUUUUGAAUACACCAUUCGACGUGAUCUGGACCAUGAGAAUGAAAUUCAGCCGCCGGAGUUUUUCUGGCGAUACGGCUUGUGGACGGAGUGCAGUGCAACCUGUGGUGGUGGGGUACAGAGGCAGAUUGUCCACUGUUUGGAGAAGAUUGCAGGAAUCGUCCAAGAGCAAUACUGCGAGGUCCUCCCUCGACCUGACGACAAGCAGAGGAGCUGCCACCCAGAGCCAUGUCCAGCUCGAUGGUGGGUUGGUGAUUGGCAGGUGUGCUCUUCAUCCUGCGGAGAAUUGGGAACCAUGAAGAGGACGGUGCUCUGUAUCCAGAGUGUGGGGCUGGAUGAGCAGCGGGCAUUACAACCCUCCGACUGUCAACACCUGCCCAGGCCUGAGACCACCAGCCCCUGUAACAGGGAGAUUCCCUGCCCUUCAGACUGGAGUACGGGCAACUGGUCAGAGUGCUCUGUGACCUGUGGGGAGGGAUUGAGGAGGCGCAGUGUCCUGUGUCUAAACAAUACCAACAUGACUUGCAGCUUUCAGAUGAAGCCAGCUACCAAAAGCCAGUGCCAGCUGAAGCCUUGCCCUCUGCACAGAACGGGUUUCACACCUCACGACUGGUCGGGCAGUGGGGCAUCCAGUAAAGAACUCUACAAUGAAGUGGCUUUCAAUGUGAACUUUGGCCCCAGCAGGCCAGGUCAGGAAGACAAUUCAAACCAAAUUAUUAACAUCGCCAAUCCUCAUCUGUCUGAUCUCGGUACACCCGUGCCACACCCAUCAGAAGACAACAAGAUAAAUAACCAUAUCCUUGAAGAUGAUUUCACUGUCCAAAGCAGCCAGGAUGAGAAUUCUGCAAAAACCAAUGUCUUUGUAGAUGACUUCUAUUAUGAUUAUAACUUCAUAAACUUCCAUGAAGACCUUGACUAUGAUCCAGAAGACAGGCUCGAAGAGGAAGAGUGGACAGGUGAGGACAUUAAACAUGACGAAGAGCAUCUGGAAAUAAAUAAUAUUUCAAACAAUGUUUGGGAGAGAAUACCUGAUGGAAGCCAUGAUAUUACUGUAGAUGAUACAGGGUCAGAGGAGUUGGAGAAUGAUGUGUCAACACCCACAACAAAUGGAAAGCCAGGUAGUCAAGACGAAAUAGAAACAGUACCUAAUCCCAUUGUAACUUCUACUUCAGAAGCAAACACAGCGGAUAUUGAGUUGAGUGAACUUCCGACAGAGUAUCUCAGAGUGACAGAUAGUAGUCCAGUUACAUUGUAUGACAUAAACAGUGAAGAUGAUGAGGAAGAAUUGUAUGAGGAAGAUGAAUUGCUGCCCAUUCGAAAUGCAACAAAGCAUGUUGUUAAGGAAAUUUUAUCUCCAGGUUUUUCAACAGCCAAUGAUGAGAUGAGCAUUGAUCACAUGAUCAGAACCCACAGUCCUCAUCAUGACAGCCCCCCAUCAAUUGCAAUGGCUACCUCAUCACCAAAUAAUGAUGUAAACAUUCCCAAUGCUUCCAAGACCUGGCAGCAAGACUAUCCUGAAGACAAGCAGAAUAUUACUGACCACAGCAUGAGUCAUCGUCUUUCCAGUACAACUGAGCAGGGGGGUCAAUUUGAUAUCAGAGUGGCAGGUUAUACACAUCCUUCAGACAGUAGAGAACAAGGAAAAGGUCGAGAAUCAAAGGGGCCCAUGGGUAAUAUGAAAGGAAAUCCAUUGGAGGGAGAAGGGAGAGUUGAGAAGGAUGAGCAGGAGAUUGUAAAUGAGAAAGCCUACUUCCCCAGUGGCACACGGGGCUUUAGCCAUUAUCCAGGUGAUGUGGUCCAUGUGGAUGACAGUCAAUUUCUGCAGCAUGACAUCAGUGAUCAAAACAUGGAUGUUAUUCAUAAAAACCUUCUUUCUUGGGAAAGCCUCGGUGGUUUCACUUCUGUCACUGAAACAUUAACUACAACACCAUCAUCCUUCAUUGAUCCAAAUGACGUUCCCAUUUCGGAACUGUUACAUCAGUCGGUUCACCAAAAACAAACUGAAGCUAACUCACCAGGAUGGCAUCAUGUGGGCAGUUCUUCAGGGUCACCAGGAAAGGUGAUGAAACCAGGCGAAUCUGAGUAUGAUCACACUCUAGCAAAUGUGCAUUCCCACCAUCAUUCUAUCCCAACACAAGCUCUGCCUGUAUUGACUCCAGUAUUAGCCACAUCAUCCCCAGUGUUGUCAGAAGCAACAGGCGUGUCAACAACUCCAGUGGCUUUGCCAAGUCAGCCAAAUCUGGAUCAUCCACUAAAAACUCAGAGUACGAGUGACAGAACCCAGUCACAGUAUUUGUCGCCAAUUGAGAUCACCCAAUCUGGUCGUUCAUUUGUUCACACAGUGACACCACAGUCUAGGCCAUCAACAAAAUCAUCAUUGACACCAGCAAGUGUACAUCAACAGGGGACACAACUGGGGAAAACUCCAUCAUCAAGAUCUAUAGCAGGGAGCUUCACACGAACUACUACCUCUUCAGGUAAAGGUAUCUCCAGACCUAAGCUGUCAGCAGCUACAUCACCAAGCCCUACCUCACCUUUCGGUACAUCACUGAUAUUAGCAAAGAAGACUCAACAAUCAGUUACUGCUCUACCUGUGGCCAUUCCUCAAGCUUCCAUCUCUGUCCCAUCUGGGAUAAUUUCAACAACUACUCAUUCCAAAGUAAACUCAAAGGAAGCAACUCGGGUGGAUUUGACAACCCUGGUGAAUUCUGAGAACAGAACUGAUGAAGACAAUGUGGACGUUGGUGAAAUUGAUCAAGGGGUUGCUGAGUCAGAUUACAGCAAUGGCUCCCUCCCAGCCAUUGUGGCAACCCCUGAAAUCCAUCCCUCGACAGUCUCCAGCCAUAACCCUUUUUCAAAGAAUACAACAGAAAUUCGUGCAACUUCAACAAUCUCACUGAUAGAAACAGCCACCAAUCCAAUCUCUGGAGUAAAUACAGAAUCCACUGCUUACUGGGUGGUUGGAAACUGGAGUGAGUGCUCGACUACGUGUGGAUUGGGAGCAAUAUGGAGGACAGUACAUUGCAGUACAGGCUCCGACAAUGACUGCAACACGACCAAGAGGCCAGUUCCAGCUCGAAGAUGUUACAUCCGACCCUGCUCGGCAUGGCUUGUGGGCAACUGGAGCAAAUGCUCCAGGAACUGUGGAGGUGGUGUGAAGAACCGCGAAGUCCAGUGCAUUGAUAUCAGGGAAAGAAGACAUUUGAGACCUUUCCACUGCCAAUCGGUCCUCAACAAGCCCCCAACCAGCCUCGCCUGCAAUUCCAAGCCUUGUAUGGACUGGUACAUCUCAGCCUGGGGAGAGUGCUCCAAAGCCUGUGAUGGAGGACAGCAAGAGAGACUUGUCAUGUGCCCUGGACAUGGCCGCUGUGAUGAAACGAUACGGCUGAACAGUACCAGGAUGUGCAAUGUCCACCCCUGUACCAAAUGGAUGAAGGGCUCGUGGGGACGGUGCACAGUCCGCUGUGGUGGAGGGAUACAGCGUCGUCUGGUGAAGUGUGUAAACACGGUGACAGGAGAGGCAGAGGAAGACAGCAGUCGCUGUGACCACGAGCCCUGGCCUGAGAACACCCAGAAGUGUAACGUGCAGGAGUGUGACACCAGUGAUCAGAGUUACACCUGUGAACGGGAUCGGUUGACGUUUGCCUUCUGCCAGACCCUUAAGCUGCUGGGCCGGUGCUACCUUCAAACAGUGCGGGCACAGUGCUGCCAAACCUGUCAGUCACAUGGGGUACGAGACCGUGGCAAUGAACGCGUCUCAAGGAGAUGAGAAACCAACACCGACUCCACAAGAAAAACUUCUAAAAAAAUGCAAGAAAAUAAAGAAAUUACAGGGACUGAAAGGCACAAAAGCAAUUCAGGAAAAAGAGAGAUUUGUAAGAAGCCACUUGCUCUCUCUCUUUCUCUCUCUCUAUACACAUAUAUAUAUAUAUACGUAUAUAUAAGGAAGAAUCUUUCUUUCAGUAUUCUUGUUUAUGCAACCAUUUUGACAGGACAACAAUCCUAACUGCUGACUGCAGCCAGAAUAAGGCAUAACAGUGUCAGGAUUGCUCCACAUGGUCUGAGGCCUAGCGGUUGCUAUAGAUACAUACCAUAUUCUCAAAUAAGUGGUGCUCCUAAUAUUUAAGAAUGACACCUCUCCCAUUAAUAACACAGCCAUGUGUCUUCUGAAAGUGGUUCUGCAAGUUCCAUUUUUGCGAGUUUUCUUAAAAAUUGGAAAAGCUGUAUUUAAUGGCACAAAUGGUGAAAAGGCAGAAGGUGCCAAUGUGGUGCUGCGGUGUUGGACCAGCAUCCUUUAACCUUUCCUUGGGUGUUGCUGCAGGGCAGCACAGAACCUUUAUGUACUUGAAUUUUUUUUAAAUCCUAUUUUAUUUUCGAGUUUCAAAAGUUAAGUUUAGGUGAGAGAUCAUGUGUCAUUCUGACUAAUGUACAAUGAAGACGGGCUGGAGUCAUGGUGCUAAUAAUCAUUAAAAACAGCUGCACAGCAAAUUGUAAGGUGCUGCCUAAUAAUACAGUACAAUACAUGCAGGUCUGUGCUAUUCCUUCUACUGAAUAUUUGUAUGGAUGUAGCCAUGGUAAUAGUAACUGAAAUGCUUUGUAAAUGAGUCACAUAUAACAACUAUUGGUGUCAUUUAAGCCUCUAUUAUGGAUUCUCUACAGGAUUGUACAAAAUGACAUUUUUCUCCAAAUAUUAUGUCAGCUGACCACCUCAUUCCUUGGUUUCAGUCUCUCUGUUACAUCCUAUGAUGCCUUCCACAUUGGAAAUUGCCACUGCCUGAGCUUGCCUCUCUUAGAGUUUUGUUUUCCCCUAGAGUAAUUUAAUUGCUGUUUGACAUCGUCUGCCUCCUCUCCCAUAUCUCACUGUGUCACAGGGAGUGUUCUGAGCUCAGCAACCAGCUGUGUUUUCAGAAUGGAGUCUUUACUAAAAUGUGUCUCAGAGGCUGCCUCUAGAAUCUGUGCCCCGUGGUAGAGGUCAGCUGGCAAUGGCAGAUCAGGAAGGAUGUUUGUGCAUGCUUGUGUUUCGGUCCAAACAGAGAUAACAGCAGAGAGGCUCCUUCAGAUGCACCGUCCUCCAUCUUGAGAGUAGAGUGGAAAGAAGUGAAGCUACCUACUUUGGUAGAACAAACAGAGUGUCUCUGAAACGGUGAGAGUUUGGGAAGUAUUGAGAUCUGAAAGCACCUGGGUGUCAUUGUUCCUGAGUCACUGAAAGCCAGUGCAUAGCUACAGUAAGCAAUUCACAGAGCCAAACAUCACAAAACGAUGUGAGUACAUGAGUAAGGGUUACAGCUGUAUGGAACCUCGAUGAGAUCACACCGAGAGGACUGUGUACUAUUUUGGCCAUCUUCCCUAGGGACAGAUAUUUUUGCCAUCGAGGGAGUGCAGUGGUUCCUGGAUUAAUGGAAUUGUUCUACGAGGAAGGAUUGAAAAGACUGGGCCUGUAUUCUCUAGAGUUUAGAAGAAUGAGAGGUGAUCUUACAGAAAUGUGUAAAAUUCUAAACAGUGCUCAACAGGCUAGAAGCAGGAAGGAAGUUUCCCUUUGCUGGUGUGAGUUCCAGAAUCACAGGUAUGGUCUCAGAAUAACGGCUAAGCAUGAGGAUUAAGAUGUGGAGGAGUUUCUAAACUCAGAGAGCAGUGAAUCUUUGGAAUUCUCUACCUCAGGAGGCUCAGUCAUUCAGUAUGUCCAAGAAGAAAUCAAUUGGUGUUUGGAUGUUAAAGCCAUCAAAGGAUAUCUGGUGAUGAGUAGGAAAGUGGCAUGGAGGUAGAAGAACAGCCAUGAUCUUGUUGAAUAGCAGUGCCGGCUUAACGGACUGACCGACCUGUUCAGUCUUCCUGCAUUGCUACGACCCGAUCUAUCAUGUACUUCAGGUGUUGUCCCCUUGAUUCCCUCUCACACACUACAGGAUGUUUCUACGCACGAUUGCUAACUCGGAGUUCACCUCAUGCAUGUAAUCUGCUCAGCCUUGUCCCGCAGCCAGGUCCCUAUCAUUACACACUCCCAAGUAUUUUCAUGGACCCCUCAAGAGUCCUUUGUGUUUGCAGCUCCUGUUCAGCGACAACUCCAUAAGGCUGAGGGGAUGUACCUGUGACCCACUGUCUUCUCACUCCAUACACUCCUUUUAUUAAAGUUUCAGCCGUUCAGGCUGUCUUUAACAGAUCAAAGGCUAGGGGCAUUCCUGGGUUUGGACAGUGGCAUGAUGGAAAUUCAAUCAGCCACAUCUGGGUGGCUGACUAACUCUGAUUAUUGAAAAGCUGCCCACUGCUUAUUCUGCAGGUAAUUACUCUCUCUUUCUGUUGAUUAUUGCCACCCUGUGUAUCACAAUAGUGCCAGCUUGCUCUGAUUUUGUUUUGUGUAAACCUUUGGCUUUAGCUAAAUUAAAACCUGCAUUGCACUCCCGAAUAUUUCUGAGUUACCACAUAGUAUCUCUGACAUACUGAAUGCUCAGAAACUGCACAUCUCAGGACAGAGUGGUAUUCAUUAUGGAUCAGAUAAUAAAUCUCGCAACACCAGGAUAUAGAUCAACAGGUUUAAUUGAAAGAACUAGCUUUCAGAGCGCUGCUUCUUCAUCAGGUAGCUGUGGAACAGGACCAUAAGACACAGACUUUAUAGCAUCAGAAUACAGUGUCAUGCAACUGAAAUGAUAUAUUGAACAAAUCUAGAUUGCUGUUAAGUCUUUCAUCUUUUAGAAUGGCUUGCAGGUUUUGGUUCAUUAAUAUAUAAAUUCCAGAACUUCUUUUAAGUCACAUUCUUGAGAUAACUUAAGGUUUUAUAGUUACCGUGCUUCCAAAUAAGCCUGUUGGACUAUAACCUGAUGUAGUGUGAUUUUUAACUUUGUACACCCCAGUCCAACACCAACUCCUCCACAUCAUGGAUCAGGUUAGUGUACAUGUCAUUCUCAGCAAAGAUUGUGAUAAUUCAAAUUGUGUGCAGAAGGGACAGCUAUUAGCAAGCGCAGAGGAGCUGGGAGUAUGUUCCAGUGUUUGAACCUCAACUGGGUUAAAACAAAAGGUAUCAUUGUCCUGGUCAGUGAGACCGGUGAAAUCAUAAACAGCUGUUACUCCCUGUGAGAUGUGACUGUGCUUCUAGUGCGAAUUCUCACCUCAGUAAUCACUGAGUAUGUGGCUGUCAUGGUCUAUUAAGUCACAGCAUUAACACAAGGAUAAGAGACAUGGACCAUAGAUUAUAAUCUGAACAAUGAAACAUUCUCAAGCAUGGAGACAAUCUGUCGCUGUAAUUAAAAAAGACCUCUCUCCUUUCUCCAGUACAAUUAAACCGGACUCUUUCACCUGUGGCUCCUUAUUCCAAAGUCAGAUCUGAUUAAUGAGGUGAAAUGUCCUAUCUGCAUUCUCUUUCUGCCUCAUUGUCUCUCUCCCUCUCCCUCUCUCUCUCUCUCUAUCUCUAUAACUCUCUCUCCCUCUGUCUCCCCCUCUCUCCCUUUCUAUCUCUCUCUCUCUCUCUUUCUUUACCUCUCUCUCUGCUGCACACCUCCUAAUUGAGAUGAAUUCAGAAACAGAUACAAUCCCAGUUUUCAGGGGGACAAGCUGAUUGAGCAGACUGCCACAAAGUGAGCAGUGGCUGCAGACUCAAUUAGAGAGCCCACAAGCCUGGCCUAUGUGUGAAAUCGGAGAGUGUUUCUCUUGAGAUUUGUGUUUAAGAUGCAAGGUGUAAGGAGAGGAGGUUGUCCUGUGCUCUACCUGAUCGGAAAUAUUCGAUGCUGGCACUGAAUGUGAGAUUAGAUAGACCAGGGAUUUCUUUCUCCCCUGCACUGAGCGCUGCAUGAAAACAAACACAAGUCUCUUCAAACCCCAGAAUAAAUCCAUCACAGUCCGUUCAGUCAUUACUGUUAGUAUUUGGAAAGAAGUUUCCCAUUUGGGUUACUGUGAUGUUACUUCGAAGGAAGUGGAGGCUUGGCUGUGCAAGUUCAUGUUGAGCUCAGCUGAAAAGUUCAAUGUUCCAGGCAAAUUUUCUGUUUAUGGUACUUUUAUUA